AUGGCCACACCGAGGCUCCCCUUCCUCUGGCCCAUGCUAUGGAAGCCCUCAAAUGCGCCUCGGAUUCGCGCCCGCGCCCGCGCGCCCCCUUCAAAGCGCUCUCUCGCAACAACCGCAUACCGCUGCGUAGAAGCUCCUAUCCAGCGAUACGGCACAGCGCACGAACCGGCGCCAUACCUGCGGGAAGAGCUAUCGAAAGCAGACCCGACGCCGCCCAAGAUCCCGCACGAUCCGGCCAGAGAUGUGGAAGAAGAGGACGACGAACACGAAGCCCACAUACCGACCUCGACCCCCUUAACGCCAGGCCAGACUAGCUCGAUAGAAGACACGCCCCCAGCAUACGCACCGCCCGCAGCGCCAAAAACCGGCGACACAAAGCCCCUCGACAGCGUCCUCCACAUGCCCGGCCCCUCGGAGGAAGACCACAAGCCGCCACACCUCAAAACGCCGCCGUACGUGCACCACUUCGACACCUACGGGCUCGUGCAGCAACUGUCCAAAUCCACCUACAGCGCGCCGCAAAGCAUAACGCUCAUGAAAGCCGUGCGCGGCAUCCUCAUCGAGAACAUGCUCCUCGCGCGGCAAGGACUCGUGAGCAAAUCCAACGUGGAGAACGAGACGUACCUCUUCCGCGCAGCGUGCGCAGAGCUGAAGACGGAAAUGGGCAACGCGCGGCGGGGGGAGGUGGAGCGGAUGCGCACCGAGCGGGCCCAGCUGCAGCACGAAGUGGACAUUCUGGGGCAGAAGCUCGGACAGGAGACCGGCAGCGUCAAGGACGAGCUCAAGGGCCUUUUCGACGAUCGCAGAAUGGCGGUGAGGCAGGAACAGAGGAGUAUGGAGACAAAGAUCCAAGAACUCAACUACCAAAUCACAAUCAAGCUCAACUCGGACGCGCGCUCCGAAGUCGAGGGCCUCCGCUGGGUGCUCACCCGCCGCAUCGCAAUGGGCAUAGCCGCGCUGGCAACCAUGGUCGUGAUCCUGCUGCAGUUCAACUCGAGCCGCAAGCACGAAGCGAAAGAGGGGGUGGCGAAGAAGAAGAGGGAGGAUGUUCAGCAGAAUACUGGCGAUGCGGGUGGUGGUGGUGGUGGAAGGGCGAAUGGAGGCAACGGAGGAGGAGGAGGAGGAGGUGGUGGUGGUGGUGGAGCAGGGGCGGAGGAGCAGAGGUUGGGGAUGAGUGGUAUUACGGCUGUGGGGAGUCGGGCGCAGGAUGAGGCGCUUGGGGGGGAGUUGUUGGCUACUGAGGGGGUGAGUUUGGGGUAG